AACAACAACAACAACAACAACAACAACUGCUUCCGCCUUCGCAACACGAGUACGGUUUCGCUUCCAGCUCCGCUGCACAGUCCGCAGAUGGCGCGGCCCAACCCCACCCACACGCAACAGAUGCAACCACGGCACACUCGCCCGUAGAUGCAUCUCCAGCUGACCCUGCUGCGACACCAUCGCCGCGGAGCAGAAGUGGGCGUGGCAGCCGCACACGUGGUCGCACCAAGGCCCGUAGCAGCAGAACACGGGGCCGCGGCCGUGCCCGCGGUAAAGGCAGAGGAGGAAACAAGGGUGGCCGCCCCAGAAAGAAAACCACAACAGCAACAUCAGCAGCAUCGGCCACAACAGCUUCUUCGUCAUCGACGACAGCAACGCCGUCAAAGUCGACCAAGACGGCAACCGCGCCGAGCACACCCGUCACGCGGUCAAGCGCAGCAACACCGGCGUCAUCGAUCCGCACCCGCCGCUCGACGCGCCGCUUGUCACGUGCCUCAUCCUCGUCGUCGGCCACCGCCGCAUCCUCCCUCCUUGCCGAGGGCUUGCCGCCCGUGCCAGGGUCCCCCUCCGCUGCCGGCGUGGGCAGCCGGCGCUCCAGCAUGUCAUCGUCGCUGCGCACGUCUGCAGGCGCGACGUUCUCGCCCAGCACCAGCCCCAUGCGCCGCGCACAGUUCCUUCUCAGCGCAGGCGAGGACGCAGCCGCCAAAUCCCCCGGCACUGCCACUGCCGCCGGUGCUGGCGGCGCUGCUGCCCGUGACGAGUACGCCGACCACCCUGUGGAUGCGCCGCUGUAUCGGACAACGGUGCUGGGAGCGCCGCCCGCAGACCGCGAGCAGGAGCUCAAGGAGCUGCAUGAGGCCUUACAGCGGUUACACGACACGACACGCAAGUACGAUGAGGAGAACAGCAAGGUCUUCCUCCAACCCGUCGACCCGCGCAUCGCCCCAGGCUACUACGACGUGAUCAAGGACCCGAUUGACCUUGCUUCCAUCCAGACCAAGCUGCAGUCCCAGGCGUACACCACCGUGUGGGAAUACCUGCGCGACAUGCACCUCAUGUUUGAGAACGCCCUCACCUACAACAAGCCCGGGAGCUUCCACAACCGCUAUGCGCAGAGUAUGAAGGCGUGGUGGAUCCCGAGAGCAAGCGCAACCAUCACCGAGGACCUUUCGUCGCACCGCUACUGCUGCGGACAGCUUCGUCACCUUGCCCCGGAGGUGUUUCGCUGCCGGGCUGGCCCGUGCUUUGUGCAGUGGGGCUCCCACUACUGGUACUACGACCUCACCAGCGACGAACAGAUCAUCUACUGCACGUCGCACUUUGCCAAGCUGCAGGAUGAGUUUCGCAUCCCGCGAUAUGGCAACGGCACCGGUGGCGAGCUCUGCUUGAAGAAGGCGGCGUUUACCAAGACAAAACACAAACCACCCCUCCUCCCAGAGAAGUAUGUGGCGUGUUCGCAGUGCGGGCGGGAAGAGCACGAGGUGUGCGUGCUGUACGUGUCAUACACGCACGAGCAGCACAUCUGCCUGCUGUGCCGGGCGCGGCAAGGGCUUCCGUCCCACCCGACGGUCCGUUGGCGCGCACGCGAUCUGCCAUCCACCGCCAUGGCAGACAACAUUGCCCGUGAGCUGCGGGGCGCCGUGCCGCCCGAGUACCACAACAACGUCGUUGUGCGAUCAGUCAACCACUCCCUCGAGACAUGCGAAACAAAACCAAACAUCAGGCGAAGGUACCCGCAACACCCAACCAAGUUCCCGUAUCACCGCAAAGUUGUCCUCGCCUUUCUCGACAUGGGCCAGUUUGACGUCUGCUUCUACGGGUUUAUCGUUUACGAAUGUGAUGACAAGUGUCCACAGCCCAACACUCUCCGCGUGUACAUAUCGUUAUUGGAUUCCGUCAAGAUGCCCAAGCACAUUCUCCCCAGCGACAUGCGCACCGGCAUCUAUCACAGCCUCGUGCGCGGGUAUCUGCGGCACUGUGCUCAGCGCGGGUUUCGCUUCUGUCACAUCUUCACCUGCCCGCCGCGCAAGGGCCAAAACUACAUCUUCCCAUUUAAGCCCGCAGACCAGCGCGAGAUCAGCGUCACCCGCCUGCGAGCAUGGUACGACGAGCUGCUCGGCGAUGCAAUGUUCCGUCCAGAUCCAGCCGUCCUCAACUUUGUCAACAUCGCAGACGCAUACCCAGACCCAUGCUUCACUCAGCUGCCGUACUUUGAAGGCGACAACUGGCCCGACAUCCUGGAGGACAUUAUCAAGUUUGAGGAGCGCGAUCAGCUGAAGCGGGCGGUGAUGGAGGUGAUUGAGGACUCCAAGCAUCAGGCAGCUGUCGACAGAUACAACACCUAUCAAACGCUGUCUGCUGCGAAGCGGUCGAUGGCUGACCGGCGGUUUGCUGCAGCCAAGGUGUCGCUGUCUGCGAAACCGCGCAGGCCCCGCCAUCGUCUCAAGCCCAUCCCCACGCUCACGGACAGGCUCAAGGCCGUCAUGCAACGCAGCUGCAAGGACUUCCUCGUCGUCGAGUUGAUGCACUUUGGUCGGCCGUUCACGCCCGACCCCGACGCGGACAAGCAGAUUGCUGUCACGGGCGAAGAUCACUCCGUCUCCAGUUUCUUCAAGGCAGAGCGCAUGCAGUUCAACUCAAUCCGGCACGCGGCCUUCUCCACCGUCUGCCUGCUGUACGUGUUACUCAACAAAGACGUGACGUUGGAGUCGCGGUGGCCCGAGGCGCCCCCGCAGGACAAAGGCUUCGACCAUCCUGCACACCAGCGCACGGGUGCAUGCUGCAGCCGGGGUGGCUCGCCUCAGCGCCGCAGCGGUGGCGGUCGCCGACGACGGGCGCGCAGGCGAACAGGCGGUGCCCGGGGCAGCGCUAGUGGCAGCCACGGCAGUUACCCUGGACACGCCGGUGAUGAUGAUGACGAUGAUGCCAGCGGGCUUGACCCGUCCUUCCAUCCUGCAAACUGCUCUGUGGAUGUGUAUGACCCUGACGGCGUCGACGCAGACAUGCUGUCGGAGGUGGCCGUUGGCACGUCAGACCGCACCACGCGCGAUGAUGCUGGGCAGGGCAGCCAUUCCACCACUGCUAACACGGCUGCAUCGGAGACACGUGCGGGUGGCGUGAAGGCUGAAGAGCCGGACCCAGACAGCAGCGCCAACAGCCGAGGAGGAAGAAGCGUAUCUGGGGCAUCGUCACAGUCGCAGCCGGAUGCAAAUGUGAAGACAGAGCCGCCAACGCCCUCCGAGAACCCAUUGCCUGCCGACACGAUCCCGGCUGCAGCCACGGUGGUGAAGAAGGAAGGGGAGGGCAACGAUUUGGUGCUUGUUAUCAAGGAAGAGAGCAGCGCCAACAACAGCAACAACAGCAACAACAGCGCCGCUGACAACACCGGCACCAACAUGCAAACGGAUGGUGAACAUGGUGAUGGUGAUGACAUCAAGGAGGAAGGGAACGAUGUGGGAGGUGGUGCGGAAGGUGACCAUCCAAAGAAGAGGGCAAAGAGAUAGACGACGUGUGUUGUUGUUGCAGAGGUGACCUUGCGGCGGAAUGCUCCCUUUCGCUGUUUGUUUGUGUGAUUGGAGCUGUUACUGCUGAUGAGAUGGUGGUGCGUGCACAGUGGUGCUUGCAGACGGAGAUAUGUUGACCACAGACAGCGGUGCCAUGUGUUCAUGUGCCUUGCUUGAUUCAGGAAGGGUGUUGUGACUGCUUUGCGUUUUGUUGUUAUUUUGUAUGUGAGGGUUGAAUGUGCUCACAAAGCAUCGUUGUUGUGGGUGAUUUGACCUAAGCGAUUGCAUUGUAAUUCUUCUUCGCUCGUUCAUUCACCUUGCAGUUUGUUUAUCUGCGUUACCUGUGCUGUUUGAUUCAUUCAUUUCCUUUUCUUCGGUUACGGUUACUCGUCAAAGCGCUCUGUGCAUAACAUAAUGACACCCCUCUUGUUCAUACACGCAAAACGUGCAUGUGGCGAGGCAGUGCAGG